UCCAAGUGCGCAUGCGGCCUGGGCUCACGGGAGAGGAUGGCGGAUUCAGGGAGCGACGAGGUAGCAGUGAUCGGAAACACCGAUCUGACUGCCGCCGAGGAGCAGAACAACCGAAACAACACGGAUGUGGAGAAAAGCACACCCCUGCUCAAGAAAAUGGAGAUCAGUGUUUCAGAGGCUGAGAAAAGAACUGGGAAGAAUGCUGUGAAUAUGCAGGAGACCUAUACGGUUUACCUCAUAGAAACCAGGCCUGUUGACACUAUUACAGAAGGACAAAACCCAGCCCCAGACUCGCUGUGGAGGAGAUAUAGUGAAUUUGAGCUGUUGAGGAACUACUUGUUAGUGACCUACCCCUACAUUGUAGUUCCACCUUUACCUGAGAAACGGGCAGAAUUUGUUUGGCACAAAUUAUCAGCAGAUAACAUGGAUCCUGACUUUGUGGAAAGACGUAGAAUUGGACUGGAGAAUUUCCUGCUUCGCGUGGCUUCACACACUGUUCUUUCAAAGGAUAAGAUCUUCUUUCUGUUUAUGACACAGGAAAAUGGAUGGAAGGACAUGGUGUACGAGACAGGAUUUCAGGCAAAGGCAGAUUCAAGGUUGAAAGCCCUGAAUGCCACUUUCAGGGUAAAGAACCCAGACAAGAGAUUUACAGAACUGAAACACUAUAGUGAUGAACUACAGUCUGUCAUAUCACAGCUGCUUCGCGUCAGAGCUAGAGUUGCAGAUCGUCUGUAUGGUGUAUACAAAGUGCAUGGAAAUUAUGGAAGAGUCUUCAGCGAAUGGAGUGCCAUUGAAAGGGAGAUGGGGGAUGGACUGCAGAGUGCUGGGCACCACAUGGACGCAUAUGCUGCCUCAGUGGAUGAUAUUCUAGAAGAGGAGGAACACUAUGCAGAUCAGUUAAAAGAAUAUCUUUUCUAUUCUGAAGCUGUCCGGGCGGUCUGCAGGAAACAUGAACUAACGCAGUACGAGCUGGAGAUGGCUGUUCAGGAUCUAACCUCCAAGAAACUGCAGCGGGAAGAGCUGGCAACUGGAACUGUAAGAACGUUCUCGUUGAAAGGAAUGACCAGCAAGCUUUUCGGACAGGAGACUCCGGAACAGAGGGAAGCUAAGCUGAAAGUUUUAGAAGAGCAGAUACUUGAGGGGGAGGAAUCUGUGAAGUCCAAAAAUUCCGAAUGCGAUGAAUAUGUCAAGAAUGCUUGGUUAGACAUUGACCGAUUUAAAGAACAGAAAAAUCAGGACUUGAAGGAGGCCAUUAUCAGCUAUGCUGUAAUGCAGAUAAGCAUGUGCAAAAAGGGAAUUCAAGUGUGGACCAAUGCUAAAGAGUGUUUCAGCAAGAUGUGAAUUUCAUUCCAAAUAAGAGCUAACAACCCCCACAAGCAAAGCACAACAGCAAGAACAGGAGACACUACAUAACUCAGCAUGGACAGACACUCUUAGGAACUUGUCUACUGGAUGCCUGGAAAUCUGUGUUUAUGGUCACCCACAAUUUCAUAUACAAUGGCACAAAAUAAUGUUUUUACUGUAAGCAUAAUUGUUUUCAUAAAAUCAAAAAGAAACAUUAAUUGGUUAAACGAUCCCUGUGGCACCAUGAAAUUUGUCUACAUUUCGUGUCUUAAAUGAUUUCCAUGUGGACUCGCAAGUUUCCUUUUGGUAAUUUUUUAAAUUAUUCUAAAAUUGCCACUUCUUCCACUAUGUUUCUGAAUCCACUUAGAAGACAAUUUGUUUCUAAUAUUUUUUCUUUGUGGACCUGAAGGUUUUUUUUUUACCUUAGAAGUGCAUUUUUCAGAUUGCAUUUAAAUACUGACAUUUAUAUAAGAGACUUUUACUUUUCUUCAAAUGAAGGUGGGCUACAUGAAUGCCAAGUUUUAAUCCUAGAUUUACUGUAGUCCUUUCAAAAGAGACUCUUUGCUGAUUACUGUAGCAUAAAACCAGAAAACAUGUACAGCAUAACAAACUACUUGAAGAAAUACAAGUGUUUAUAUUAGAUUUGAGAUAAUUUGGCUACACCUAAGAAACCUUUUCUCUUAAAAAUAAUUUAGCUUUACCAACAUGAAUAUAUUUUAAAGGUUUACAAGAUGUAAGUCAGGAAUGUAAGUCAAAGUAAUUUUCUUUAAUUCUUAAGGUAUAAGGUUUUGUCAGUUCAUAAUGUUUUAUUCCUAGUUCUGAAAUAUAUUACAGUAUUUUCACCCUUGUAAUUAACAUCCGCACCCUUAUAGAGCUUUUGCCAAACACAUUGGAUAUCACAUUGAAGAAAGUCUUCCCCUCUUAUUUUCCAAGCACAGGAUGUCCAUGAGCACAUCUAAAGCCUAGAGUUACUUAAAAUGAACUGGAUAAAUAGUGUACCGGUGAACCUUUCUCACUGGAUACAAUAUUAUGAGUUGCAAUAGAGUAUGUGUAUAUUUAUAAGGUUAUACAUGGAGAGAAGACACAGUUAUACAAAGCUGUUGCUAGAAGAAGUUUAAAAAUGAGUCUUCACUAUUCCCUCAACCUGAGUUAGUGGAAAUAAGGAUUGAAGACGGCCUGUUGACCUGGGAAUUUCCCUGUUAAAGGAUCUGCCGUAAUGUUGCUGUCUGUUAGGCCUGCAGUCCUUAGCUAACACAUACUGUUGAGCCCUUCAUUUCAUAUACAAAAAUUAAAUUAUCUGUAUGUGCGGGUGUAUACUGGUAAGAAACUUAAAAUUGCCUACUUGCCAAAAAUAACACUGUAAAUUGCAGGAUACCAGAUCACACUGACAAGUUAAUUUCACAAAGUAAGCGUUGCCUUCAAAUGUAUGAGACAUAUUGUUUCCUUUACCUCCAACCCAGUUAAAUUCUAAUCUAGAUUCAUUUUCCGCUGGAGUUUAUCAGGAAAGACGGAACCAUUUAGUACAUUUGACAAGGGAAAAUAUUUGUACAGAGCAGCAUUCUAAUAAUGUGCCAAAACGGCUAAUGAAAAUCCUAAUUGAUUUUAUAAUGUACAAUAUGAUUGAAUUUAUAUCUAUACUCUCAAAGAUCGCAGUGAAUAAUAAUAAAAGAGUUGCACAAAA